UUGAUGUUGUUGUUAUUUUCGAAAAGUCACUAUUCGUUUCGUGGGUUGCAGGAGUCACCAUGUGCGGCAGAUUCGCCUGCACGUUAAAGAAAGUAGAUAUUGCCAAAUAUGUAUCAUACACGGAGCAAAGCGAAGUUAAAGAGCCAGCUUGGGUCAAAAUCUCAAAAUUAGCAACUGAUUAUUGUCCGUGUGCCAACAUUGGCCCUGGAUCGUACACCCCUGUUUUGUUUUCUGACAAGAAUCUGUGCUCAGUGUCAGCUAAGGAACAUAAGAAUGAUACAAUGUUCCUUACACAAAUGAAGUGGGGUCUGAUUCCAUCGUGGCAUAAGGGGAACGAGGAGGGUUUCAAGUUCAGAAUGAUAAAUUGCCGUGGAGACUCGUUAAGAGAGAAGGCUUCAUUCAGAAAGCCAUUUGAAUUGGGUCAACGUUGUGUUGUAGUGGCAGAAGGUUUUUAUGAGUGGAAAUCAGCUGAAUACAAAAAGCAACCCUACUUCAUAAAGCCUAGUGAUAAGCAGCUCCUGGCAAUGGCGGCAGUAUAUGACAAAUGGGUUGGCCCUGGGAGUGAAGAGCCAUUGUAUUCUUAUACCAUUGUAACAGUGGAUGCAUCUGAAUCAAUGAAAUAUAUCCAUGACAGAAUGCCAGCUAUUCUUGAAUCCACGGAGGAAAUGCAGUUGUGGUUAAGUCUCCCUCCUUCAAAAGCUUUUGAAUUGAUAAGAUCUGUCAAUUCUUUACAGUGGCACCCAGUUUCCACCUUUGUGAACAAUGUGAAGAAUAAGUCGCCUGAAUGUCUCAAAGAAAUUAAGCCAAGACAAGUUCAUGAAUCAACUUCAAGUAAACUUAUGUGUAACUGGCUCAAAAGAAGUUCAGAAACAAGUAUUGAGUCUGAGAGCCAAGCUGGCCCAAAGCAGACCAAACUAAUCAAACAGUCCUAGAUUUGUAUCAAAUUUAUACACUGAAAUGGGGACACAUACUUUCAACUGGGGAUAAAAUGAAAUAAUUUUAAUGUCUAUUUGAAUAGAUGGCUAUAUUUAACUAAACAUAAUUUUAUUUUGUGCUUAUCUACAAAUUUGCUCAAUAAGGGUGCCUCCAUUGAUGAUUAAGAAGUUUCCAAACAUUUUUUGUCUUGUCUUGUAAACUGUCUGUUAGAUAUGAAAAAUAGCUCCCUUAAUUGUGAAAUAAAAAAAGUGUUUAUAAGACAAUACUUAUUUGAUAUAUAAUGUUCAUAUUUUGUUUUUAGAAUACUAAAGUCAUGGCAGGUUUUUGCUGACCCUUGUGUAUGAUGGAACGGCCCUUACCAGUUUGAUGCAUGCUUGAGCAUUGCUGAUUAUGGCCUGUAGAUUGACAUUUUGUAAUUUGUUUGCAUUGUCUAUUUCCAUUUAAAAGGAAGCUUGUUCAUUUGUGCCAGUUCAACAAAGCCUUACACCCUGUUUACAUGGAUGCCCCCUCAAACAUGUUUAAAUGAAUGCCCCUUCAAACAUGUUUAAAUGAAUGCCCCUUCAAACAUGUUUAAAUGAAUGCCCCUUCAAACACGUCUACAUGAAUGCCCUUAGAAACAAGUUUAUAUGAAUGCCCCUUCAAACACGUUUACAUUAAUGCCCUUCCAAAAAUGUUCACAUGAAUGCCCCUUCAAACACGUUUACAUUAAUGCCCUUCCAAAAAUGUUUACAUGAAUGCCUCUUCAAACACAUUUACAUGAAUGCCCUUUAAAACAAGUUUAUAUGAAUGCCCCUUCAAACACGUUUAUAUGAAUGCCCCUUCAAACACAUUUACAUGAAUGCCCCUUCAAACACGCUUACAUGAAUGCCCCUUCAAACACAAUUACAUGAAUGCCCUUUGAAACAAGUUUAUAUGAAUGCCCCUUCAAACACGUUUACAUGAAUGCCCCUUCAAACAUGUUUACAUGAAUGCCCUUUGAAACAAGUUUAUAUGAAUGCCCCUUCAAACACGUUUACGUGAAUGCCCCUUGUCUAGUAUGUAUGUAUGUACUUAUCUAGAUAAAAGUAUAUACUUAUCUAGCUUGGACCAUUAAUGAAAGGUAUAAUUAGAAAUAUGACAAGAUAAUUUAGCAUGUAGAUUACAUUUUUCUCUUAUUCCAUAAUUCUAAAUACUUUGACAAGAUUUGUGUUCUUAGUGAUUAGGUAAAAUUUACUUGUUUGUAUCUUUUAUAGUCUUUGGGAGAUUAUUCCAUUGUUGUGCUCCUUUAUUUUGUAGUAUUAAAUCACCUCAACGCUUUUCAGUUCACUUUUCUGAAAAUCGUAUAUUUAAUGGGUUUCUUAUUUAUGUUUACAGCUUUUUGUUUUAAAAAGGUUACAUUGGGCUUGCAACACAUUGUCAUUAUUGUGUUUUAUUCAAUGCAUCAGCUUGAAGAUUUUUAAGUCAUACAGAUUUCGUAUGUGUAAGGAAGUUUGAUUCCUCGUGUACAGUGGCGUACCCAGGGGUGGCGCAGUGAAGGGGGUCUGGGGCGCAGCCCCCUGAAAAUUUUUUGGACCACGCCCUUCAAACACUCGCAAAUGCGGGGAGAUGCCCUUUUUGCAAAAUAUCCCCCCAUUAUUUGAUUCAUGUUAGCUUCGGUGAAUAGCAAAGUAUUUUACAAUUGUUAUUGACACAAGCAGUGGCGGACUGGCUACCAUUCGACCUACCGGGAAAAGCAAGCAAAAGGGCGCCAAUAGGUGCUAAAAACUUCGCCUUAGCUCAUCAAAAGGUUAUAUAUAAAGUUUUGCAGCAUAUCUUUGAAAAAUUUAAAGAGGUUUAGAAAAAGUACAGUCUCUAUUCCGGGUCUUAAAUUCUUUCAAUUUGAAGAAAGAAUGGAAUACAUAGCUAGUUGUAAAUUUGAAACCAGUUUUUUUCCAAACAGCCGGUUUAAUUUUCUAUUUAAUUUUUCAGGAGUUUUAUACAUGAGGACAUCAAUCCUCAACAAAUUCUGCAUAAAAUUUUUAAAAAUUGUACAAGAUUUUUUUUCAGCUAGUCAUAAUUUCUUUGUGGUACGAAACUCCUGGUUUUAACGUACAAAAAGCAAGAUGCCUAUGAAUUGCAAAAUAAAAUAGCUUGCCACGGACAACAUGUUCAAAAUGUGUUAUCCUCUAUGAUACCUAGAGCAGUUUUUCACUAUCAAAAAAUAGUUGAUGGCCCAAAGAAACAGGACUAUUAUUCAAGAGAAACAACACAAGGAAUGUGCACAUACUACGCAAUCAAAAAUCGGCAAUAUUUGAAAAAUCCCCUUCUCCCUAAACAACUAUUUUAACAAAUUUCAACAAAGUGCCAUAAUGAACGUAAUAGUCAAUACAUUUGUGUAAGUCCCCCUCUCCUCCCCAUCUUUGAUUACGUAAUAUAUGAACGUUUCCAUACCCAAUAUUCUUCCCAUACCCAACUUAUCGAUAAUUUUAACCAUUGUGAUUGGAAGGAGCACAGGGUAAGGCUCAGUUAAUUUUUCCAAAGUGUGAGUCCUCGGUUAUUGGAUAUCAGGCACUAGGAAUAAUUUGCAUUAGUCAUAAGUCAAAAAAAUAAUAUGGUCAGUUAUAAGUCAUUGGUUUCACAAAAAUAUUAGUCAUCAGUCAGUUGGCAAGCAGUCUGCUAGUUAGCUAAUGAAAUCUCUUACUACCCCUUCAACAGAUAUCGAAUUAAUGUAUGGCGUACUUGCUUUAAACAAAUACAAGCUAAUCAGGUUUUUAGUGAAAGUAGGAAUUAGGUGGCUGGCCAUAUUCUACACCUGUCUAUUUCCUUAACAAUUCCACUAACGUUAAUAUCCUGAAUUGUGUAAGGCGAGGAAUCUCUACGUGUAAAAAGUGAUUUUCCAAAGUUGUAAUCAAAUAUCUAAAAAAAUUAACAGUAUUCAAAAGUUUUAAAUCAAGU